AUGGAGGUGGAUGAGGAUGAUAACUUGGGUCAGAUAGGCUGCUCAGAGUUUUCUGAAGAUGUGCUGGGUGUCUCAGGAGAGACUCUCUGGCUGAAGCCUUCCAACAUAGAGGCAGAAACCUCUUCUGUUGAUUGGAAGAAGACAGCAGGCAGAAGAACUAAGGAGGUGAUCCUGCAAUGGAAUCCCUCUGAUGACAAGGAGCUAAUUAACACUUCUUCUAAGACAAACAAUAGUAGCUAUGUUUUUAAGACUGGGGAUUUUUCUCUGGGUAUCCAGUCAGCGAAGAAAAGUGAUAGCGGUCAUUACCAUCUGGAGAUUACCGACAAAAAUGGAGCAGUUUGCAAUAAGAAAUUCCAGGUUUUUAUAUUUGAUCGUGUUGAGACACCUCAGCUGCACCACCAGUGGAAGACCUGGGCCAACGGGCUGUGCCAACUGUCCUUAUACUGCACUGUGCCCGACGAUAACAAUGUGACCUAUGCUUUGUACAGAGGGGACACACUGAUCUCAGAACAAAGGAAUGGUACCCAUUGGGAGAACCAGACUGAUGCCAGCAGCCUGCACACAUACACCUGCAAUGUUAGCAACAAAGUCAGCUGGGCAAACCAUACUCUGAGCCUCACCCAGGGCUGUCAGAGUGUCCUUCUGAAGUUCAAACUUCUGGCUUUGGUGGUGCUCACUGUUAUUCUGGUCACAUUAUUUCUUGGUGCUAUCAUUUGCUUCUGCAUGUGGGCUAAGAAGAGGAGGCAGUCACAGUCCAGCCUUAAAGAAAAUUUGACAAUAUAUGAAUAUAUCAUGGACCCACAAGUCAGGAGGGAUCAACACAGACAUUCCAGGGUCUCAGGAUCUUCCCCCUUUGUCCAGGAAGAUGAAAGGGGACAAAGAGAACGGGACAACUGUCUUUAUAAGGAUCAGAUGCUGGAGCAGAAAUCCCCUGGAAAUGAAGGAACCAUCUACUCUAUGAUCCAGUACAAGCCUUCUGACUCCACAUCACAAGAAAAAUGCUCAAUAUAUUCAACAGUCCAGCCUUGCAGGAAGUCUGGAUCCGAGAAGAAGAACCAGAGCACUUCCUCAAGUUAUUCUGUGUAUGAAGAGGUUGGAAAGCUGAGCCUCAAGGCCCACAAUCCUGCCAGACUGAGCCGCAGAGAGCUGGAGAACUUCGAUGUUUAUUUCUAGUUGUUGGCAGUGUGCUCAUCUGUGUUAUGAUCAGCAUUGACUUUGGAAAGGAGCAUGGAAAAUGAUUAUGAAUCUGCAUGAGUCUAUGGGACAGCUUCUAGGCUGGAGAAAAUGUAGUUUAUUCAUGGUUCAUAUUUUAUAUUAUAUUUUAUUUUAUUUUAGGCUAGAUCUGACAUAGCCCAGCAUGGCCUGCAUUUGCUAAGCAGCCAAGUAGGACCUUAAACUUCUGAUUCUCCCGCCUGUACUUCCCAAGUGUUGGGAUAACAGGAAUGUACCACUAUAUAUGGCUUGAAAACAAAUUUUAACAGCCACUGUAAGACCAAGGUUGUUUAAAAAAAAAAACAAACAAACAAACCAAAAAACAAACCUCCCAAACUUAAAGACCAGACAAGAAUGGGUAGACAGGUUGUAUUGGCCACAUUCUGAAACACUGCAAUCCAGGGCUUACAUUUUAUAAUAUAUUAUAAAUUGUAUAAUUUAAAAUUAUCCAACACUGUAUAAAUGUGCUGCAUAAUUGUGAAUCUCUAAGAUG